AUGAAGAAGUGGUGGACGUAUGCGUUGACGGCGGCGGCGGUGGUGUUGAUGGUAUCGAUGGCGACGAUUGAGUGUCACAGCCAUAGCCACGACGGCCACAGUCACGACCACGAAGACGAGAUGGAGGUCCGGCCGGCCUUCAAGUACUCACGAGAAGCAAACACUGGCGGACAACAGAAGAAAGCAGAGGCGCCGCCGCCGACUGCCACCGGAGGCGCUAAACCCGCCGGCACUGGUUGUCCGUAUCACAGCCACAGCGAGUCGGCCGAUGGCCACCAUCACGACGAUCAUCACCACGCGGUGGACCCGUCGUCCGUAUGGGUGAAAGCGUUGGGCUCAACGGUAUUGAUCUCAUUGGCGCCGUAUGUCAUACUCUUCUUCAUACCUCUGGACAAUUCGCCCAAAUAUGAACAAUGGCUGAAAGUGUUGCUGAGUUUCGCGUCCGGCGGCCUUCUCGGCGACGCGUUCCUCCAUCUGAUACCGCACGCCAUCGAAGCCCAGGCCAGCCAUUCGGGUGGCGACCACUCGACGCACAGUCACUCCCAUUCGCACUCGCAUUCCGCGCCUCAGAUGGACGGCGAGCCGCACGUACACGACCUGUCCGUUGGCCUCUGGGUUUUGGCCGGUAUUAUAGUGUUCCUAAUGGUCGAGAAGUUUGUGCGUAUCGUGAAGGGAGGCGACGGACACAGCCAUAGCCAUGGCCACGGCUCCAAAACUCAUGAGAAGACCGCACACAAGAAGAGCACCGAUAAGUCCAAGAAAAAGACCAAAUCAGAGAAGAAGUCUGGAAAUGACACCAAUUCUGACACUGAGAUCGAUAGCGAUUUGGAGAAGAGCUCCGGCGAUGAAGACAAGAAGAAGUUGACACACGAUUCAAAUAUAGGUUACCUAUCAAUCGAUUUCGGUGAUAUCAAAGUUGCCGGUUAUCUGAAUCUGGCCGCAGACUUCACGCACAACCUGACCGACGGUCUGGCGAUUGGGGCGUCAUAUCUCGCAGGACAGAACAUCGGUAUCGUCACAACGAUCACCAUUUUGCUGCACGAAGUGCCGCACGAAAUCGGCGACUUCGCUAUAUUGAUCCAAUCGGGCUGUAGUCGACGCAAAGCCAUGUCCAUGCAGUUGAUCACAGCGGUGGGCGCACUCACCGGCACCUGUAUUAGUCUGUUCGCCGAGGGUAUGGGCGACGCGGCCUCCUCUUGGAUACUGCCGUUCACCGCCGGCGGCUUCAUAUACAUCGCCACCGUAUCUGUGAUACCGGAGCUCUUGGAGAAGACCAGUCUUUUGCAAUCAGUCAAAGAGGUGUUCGCACUCCUCGUCGGCGUAUUUAUGAUGGUAUUAAUCGCUCGCUUUGAGUGA